ACCGCCAUGCAUCACUGAUUCGAAUCGACUUCCGUCGUUACAGUUCCAGUUCAGCCGCGAGAAUUCGGAGAAGACUUUUCCCGCGAAAAUUCAUCCCCAAGCGCUAGGUUUCUUCCAUUCACGAAAUUCGCUAUUCUUUCUCUGCAGACUCCAUUCGCCAACAAUUUGUUGAAGUUUCGAUCAUUGAUCUCACUUCGGAGAAGAAUAAGAAAAUCGCCGGCUCCGUUGCGACGUUCUUUCAUUAUUUCUUACUAGAUUGAUCUCUCUAAUUGCUGGACACGAUAUAAAUCGGAAAAUUUCAGCUACCCUGCUUUUGUAUGCCCCACAAUGCCAUGGAAUUGUUGGUAAUCUUUAAAGGCUGAAAUGAGAUGCAAUGCGUGCUGGCGAGAGUUGGAAGGGCGAGCCAUUUCCACCACGUGUGGUCACGUUUUAUUUUGCAUUCUAAAAGGCACAGAAGAUGCCAGCAAAAUUCUCAGCAACGAUGGAGCAUGUCCUAUUUGUGAUCAAGUGCUCUCUAAGAGUCUUAUGAAACCUGUGGAUGUCAAUCCAACUGAUGAAUGGAUAAACAUGGCCCUCGCUGGAUUGAAUCCCCAGAUAUUGAUGAAGGCUACAUACAAAAGCAUAAUGUUCUAUGUUGGGCAAAGGGACUUGGAAAUGCAGUACAAGAUGAACAGAUUAGUUGCUCAAUGCAAGCAAAAAUGUGAAGCAAUGCAUGAAAAGUUUACAGAAAAACUGGAGCAGGUACACACUGCAUAUCAGAAAAUGGCAAAAAGGUGCCAAAUGCUGGAGCAAGAGAAUGAGAGCUUAUCUAAAGACAAGCAGGAGCUCCAGGAUAAAUUUGCAGAAAAAUCUCGACAGAAGAGGAAAUUAGACGAACUGUAUGAUCAAUUAAGAAGUGAGUACGAGUCUAUGAAAAGAUCUGCCAUCCAACCAGCAAACAAUUUUUAUUCAAGAAACGAACAUGAUUUGUUUUCCAACCCAACGAACAUUGCAAGUAACAGAGAAGGUCCGAGAAGAGAUUGGCGGGUUACGCCUCAAACUCCAGGGCCUCGAGAGGAUAUAUGGACAGCACGGCAGAAUAGCUCAAACUCCGUUGGUCCCUUUGAUAUCUCUGUUGGUUCACCAGCAAAACAAGCUGGUGUUCCAGUCGAUGGCGGAAACAGAAGAGCUGGUGCUCAUUCUGUUUUUGGAACUGGAACAGGAAACCCCUCAAUGACUUUGAGGAACUUGAUACUCUCCCCUAUCAAGAGGCCUGAACUCUCUCGUAACAGAGCACAUUUGUUUACGUUGUAGGAGCAAGGUUGAAGAUUUUCUGUUCACUAGACUAAUGAACUAGUUUAACAACUUUUCAUCCACUUAGUAUGUAUCCUUUUUUUCAUGUGAAAAAUAACACUGCUACCUUU